AUGGGUCACCCAGCGGGUCUUCGCGCGGGAACGCGCUAUGCGUUCAGCAGAAACUUCCGUGAGAAGGGUAUGAUCAAGCUCUCCACGUACCUUCGCCAGUACAGAGUCGGAGAUAUCGUCGACAUCAAGACCAACGGUGCCGUCCAGAAGGGUAUGCCUCACAAGGUCUACCACGGCAAGACCGGUGUCAUCUACAACGUCACCAAGUCCGCCGUCGGUAUCAUCAUCUACAAGAAGGUGAAGCACCGCUACAUCGAGAAGCGGAUCAACAUCCGCGUCGAGCACAUCUCCCCCUCCCGUUCGAGAGACGACUUCAUCCGCCGCGUCAAGGAGAACGCUGCCUUGAAGAAGAAGGCCCAGGCCGAGGGCAAGGCCCUCACCCUCAAGCGCCUUCCUCUCAUGCCCCGUGACGCCCGCACCGUCGACUUCAAGGAGAACAAGCCCCAGACGGUCACCCCUCUCCCCUACGAGACGACGAUUUAG